AUAUAUAUAGCUAUGCACAGCAAAGGAGAGCAGGGCGGGGCUGAGAAGAAGGGGAGACAGAGGGAGAGCGCGGAUGAGCGUAUAUACAGACAGACAUCGCUACACACAUAUAUCAGAGAGAGGUGCGAAAAGAACCCUUCUACACCGCACCUUUCUCUACACAGAUGGGGUGGGUGGGUGUGGGUGGGGUGCGACACGACACAGCAAAAAGCGAUACGACAGGCUAGGCUUGGCAACAUACAUACCCAAACAGGCGGCAUGCUUAACGCCGACACCUCUGCCGGGUCUGUCACGCAGAGGGAGGUGAGCGAUCCUCCUGGCCUCUCUGUCUGUCUGGCGGAGGGACUUGUUGUGAGCUGGCAGAUAGACAGACAGACAGGUCAGCCAGAAGAACCGCUCGCCCGCUAAUCACAGUAGUCAUGGGUACACGUCGGCUCAUAAAGCGAGAGCUAGGCAAGUGCCAAAAGGGCCAUCGAGACUCUCCGUUUGUCUCUCUCUGACGUGGCCUGUUGGGAGGGCAGCAAGACCCUCGCAACACUCACGCACCAGUGCAGGGUAGAAGGAAGUACUUAAAGAUGUCACCCAUCCCCUCCCCCCUCCCCCCCUCCCCCCGAGCCCUUCCGCUACAUCUACGUGUUGGCUCCUUGUUCGCGCAGCUGGCUAAGAAAGAAACAAACUAGCUAGCUGCCACACGCCAGUCGUGCUCUGGCGCCAUCGAAGGGUGAUAUGAGCCAUAAGUACUCGGUCUAGCUACACCCAUGUGUCUGUCAGUUCUCACAUGCGUGUCGUUGCGAUCAAUACAGUCAAUACGAUCAAUACGGUAUCCACCACAUCCAGCAAACCCGCCAUAUCCACCACAUGAACCGAUCCAUAUGUCGUCGUACAGUAGUAGGCUAGCGAUGCGCUUGUAGUGCACGUUCGUUGUACCCAGGACGAACUUACGCCUCCCUCCCUCCCUCCCCUCCCAAUCCCCGCCCACCCCACAGGUCGCACCAUCCGUCCAUCCGUCCAUCCAUCCAUCCAUACACCCACCUGAAGCCGCCCCCCGCACCCUCAUGCAGACACACGCAGCACUGACACGGGAGAGACACCCACAGUCAGACUAGGCAGAAACACCACUCCACACCACACCAGGACAAACAGCGCACAUCAUGCAUCGACCGCCAUCGAGGCCCUGGUAUACAGAACGACGGACGGCGAGGCAUUGAUGAAUUGGGUACGUGUGUGAUGGAUCGGCCGCUCAUCCAGCGAUUCACUGGGGGCCGGUCCAUCCUUCAAUUGCCCCACCCACCGACCCUCUCUCUCUCUCUCCACACCUCACACACACACACACACACAGAGGUGAGGUAGACAGUGCCGCCCAGCCUCCUUUCCGUCGAAAGGGCGGGCAAAAGGCAGCAUACGUGUGUACAUACCGACCGACAGAUAGAAAUAAGCAAGCACCCGCCGCAGACACCAUCCAUCCAUCCAUCUAUCAUUCCAUGCGUCCAUCCGUCCGUCCGUCCGUCCUUUCUCAUAAAGGCAGAGUUCUCAUGAAGCUGUCUUGGCGCGGAAUCAUGAUGCACACGAGCGGCUGUCUAUAGACAGCCAUCCGGCCGCCCACUUAAAAGGUACUUCCCCCAUCUAGGCGCCCCCACGCUGUCGGACAUAGAGGACGCUUAGAAUGAUUCCACUGCCAACCUGGUCUGUCUGUCUUUCCGUCUGUCUGUCUGUCUGUCCGAAGCUAAGUCAGUCGAGGCAGAGUAUUUACAAAGAGGGAUAGGGGGAGUGACAGCAUGUAAUGCAUUUUCUUGUCCUGAUUUUUGGUCUUUUUUGUCAUCCCACACGUGAAAACAUCACACACGUGAAGGCACACAUGCACACGAAGACAACACGACACGCACUCACUCACUCACUCACUCACGGACAGAGGGAAGGACACGCAAGGCAAGAGAAGGCAGGACACCGACACCCCACCCCACCCCACACGUCGCAUUGCAUGAGAAGCGCAGCCAUUCGCUCUUCCAUCCGCCAGUGAGAUGGGUAAGCUACAUCCUCCUCUGCCAAACAUCUCUCUCUAUAUUGUCAUGACUGGUUCCAAAAAGCUCCCUGUAUGUUCCGCAGCAGGGAGGCAGCACCAUCCAUCCAUCCAUCCAUGGCUAGGUCCCAUCCAUCCACCACACUACACCACACCAUGUGGCAUUGCCCUCUUACUGACAGGCAAGAGAGAGAGAGAGAGAGAGCCGUCACUGCACAGCACCGUACAUGCAGACGCGCACACACACACACACACACACACCACGUAUUGCAGGCAGCAGAUAGGCAGACACGCCACAGUACGUCAUAUCGCUGACAGGAUCGACACGCAGAGAGGAGAAGACACUGUCAGACUCCCUCGGGCCCCCCCCCUCGUCUGUCUGGCCGAGGGACGGUAAGGAAGAGAGAGGCAGUGAGAUAGAGAGAGAAUGCAUUGGCCGGCAUCGACAUCCGAAAAAGACGAAACGAGAGGAAAGAGAGAGCGAGAACGAGACCAGAGACCAAUGGUGCACAGAGAGAGAGAGAGAGAGAACCAACGCCAGAUGGCACUACACCACAUUCAAUCACACGGCAGCACAAGGAUAGACCAGACGCUGGCUUCACAGAGGUCACUUGACUGGAUGGACGGGCGGACGGAAGAAGGAAGGACAUCAUGCGUGUGACCGAGAGGGUCAGCAAAUAGAAUACAUCCAUCCUCCGUCUGCCUGUCCAUCCACCCCAUGCACCCACCCCAUGCAUUGAUUGGUCCGUGGUCAUUGCUGGGGUCAAAACCACCGCACAUGAGCAUGAGACUAGCACAGCCCUGAUCCCUCUGUCUCUGUCUGUCUGUCUGUCUAUCUGUCUGUCUGAAAGGCAGGCAGGCAUGAGAGGGAAGAAGGAAGAGACGAGACACGAGAGGAGGGAGGAAUGAAGGGAGACGGCAGGACUCUAGUAUUUCUGCCUGCCGUCUGUCCGCACAUGGAGGAGUAUGUCACAUGACACACGCCUUAUAGGGGGUGACACGCAAAAAGGAUGGGUCGCAUUUAUCGAGCGAGCGACCACCUAGGCAAAACCACCCACCCGACUCGUCUGUCCGCCGCUGUCUGUCAAGUAAGACCCUAGGCAAAAGCACCACACCCAAGCAGUGCGGAUACACCAAUCGGCGCUCUGGCGAUAGCCAGCUGCGCCAGCAAUAAGGUGAUAAGUCAGCCAUAAUGCAGGUAAGGCUCUAGGCAGAGACACCACACCACACAUCACAUCAUGCAUCGAUCGACAUCGAGUCCCUCUGCAUGCACCCACAGGUAAGAGAAGCAUGAGAUCGGGAGGGUGAGUAUGGCACGACGGACGGUAUAGCGGCCACAUCACAGCCAAGAGACUAAGACGGUGUCAAUCCAGCUCAUCAUGCGAAGGCGAAGAGUCUCUUUUGAAUGGCCACGAAUGUGCCUGCCUGUUUGCCGGCUUGUCGGGCGAUAGGGAAGACAGGCAGACAGGCAGGCAGACAGGCAGACAGGCAGACAGGCAGACAGGCAGACAGGCAGACAGGCAGACAGGCAGACAGGCAGACAGGCAGAAGGAGAGAGACAGUGAGGGACACAGAGGAGAGAGAGAGGCAGGUCGUCACUUACACUCACAGGCAAAAGCCGCCAUACCAAGAGGCAUCGAUUGGGCUGAUCCAUGUAUGUAUCUGUUUGUCCGCUCAUUAGGUCAACACACCACCACUCAUCCAUCCAUCCAUCCGUCCGUCCAUGGUGGCGCCAUCCCCCUCUGGCUAUGCAAUGCAAAACCAUCGCCGGGUGGGUUCUCUGUGCAUCUCAUGUCGAAGAAAGAAGGCAAUAGGUUGGCAGACAGGCAGACUGGACGAAAGGCCCGCCCGCCUAUCUGUCUGUCUGUCUGUCUGUCCAUCUGUCUGUUUGUGUAUCCGCCACACCGCAGCCCACUGCACCGCCCUGCCAACCUAGGCCUCUCGGUCCCUCACCCGACAGCCCGCACCAGCACCAGCAGCAGAUCAUCGACCCCCUCCAUGCAUCAGGCACGUCAAGAGUGAGUGAGUGAGUGAGUGAGUAGUCAGGCAGUCAGGUCAGUACGGCAGGUAUGACGUCGCCACCCUCCCUCCCUCCCUCCCUCCCUCCCUGACACAACCACACAGAGGGGAGAUGCAUACAUACGCUAAUGUGUCAUCCAUCUCUUCCUCUGGUGGUAGCGCACCUGUCCUGUGUGAGUAUGUGUGUGUUGAGUUUGUCAGCGCUUCUUGUGGCCCCUCUUGAGGCUCGCGAGGGUGGCUUGAGAGAUGGGCUUGUAUGUGCUUGCCUUGAGGUCCUUCUCAAAGAAUGGCUUGUCGGCCAGGUGCUUGUGUGCGCCGCGGAAACACACAUUGUAGCUGCACGGAUACAGAGAGAAUCGAUGUAUUCCCCAUUGUGUAUCCCCUUCUCCUGUUCCCUCUCUCGCUCACCGGCCAUCAGCCCGGAUUUCUGUCACCACUCCAGCCGCGCCCGCGUACGCCCCGGCGCCUGUCCCCCUCACCAUCACCUGGGCUCCAACGCUGAAAAGCGGCUGUGUGCUGGUGGUAGUGGUGGUUGCAGUGGUGGUCGUAGUGAUGGUGACGGGGGCUUGCCCGAUCGACUGCACCGGACGUCAGCCCUCCGGCCGCUCCUCUGGUCAGCCGACGCGGCGCCACUUGGCACAGCUGGUGUAGACGCGCUGCUGGAGGGGGUCGUGACGGUGGCUGAGAUGGCAUGCAGCGUCCCAGCAGACACCGAUGGGGAAGUGCCACCUGCGCCACCCUCAGGCGUCAUCCUGGUGCCAGUCGAUUCCUGUCCUUGCCGUUGUGUGCCGCCGCUCCUCGUGACGGGCGCCCCCCUCUCCCUCUCCCCGCCCCCCACGGGACGACCGGGGGAGCCGCCGAAGACGUCGCGAGAAGGGCGACGGUGGCUGGCCCUGUUGUGUCCGUCGAGGUCACGCCUCUCCUCACCCCUGUCGCGCCCACGGGGGCUGGCGCGCCUGUCGCCGCCACCAUGCAGGAGUGAGGAGGAUGGCCCAGACCCCAGGUUGAUGCCCUUGCCGUCCAGGGCCGAUGUGCUGCUGUGUGGGUGGGGGUCGAUGGGAGAGGGGGGUGCUUGGACGGUGGUCGGUGCGCCGCUGCGGCUGGGGCCACCGCUGGCACCAUUCAGCGACGAGAAGGGUGAGAGGCCAUCAUCAGAUCGUCCCCGGCCGUGGUCGAAGGAUGAGGGCUGUUGCACAGGUCCUCGUCGGUCCGUGCUCAGUUGUGGCGAGCCGGUGACCUUGCCUGGACACGGUGAUGGGUAGCUGUCUGUGGCUGGCGUGUAGGGCUGGGUGCGCUUGGGGGGACCCUGGGUGAUGCGGUGACGGGGGGGAAGAUGAGUCCCAGGUCGUUGGCACGGCGACUCGCAUCGUCAUGACGCACCUGACCACGUGCCCCUCCACCACCACCGACGCUCAGCUUGGAUGUGCUGCUGCCGCCCACUAUCGAACCGCUGCGUCCCAUCGACACCCGAUGGUGCACUGGGUGGACAGGGAUUGGCGACGUCAAGUGAACGCCGUCCAGGAAGCGCUCGGCGGUGGUGUGGGACGGGGGCGAGUCGGACUGUGGCCGUGAGUGCGAGUGCGGGACGGACGCAGGCGGCCCGCGAGUCACAGACUCACGGGACCAUGGGCUUGCCGCCGGCGCGAUCACGCCGCGGCGGGUACCACCAGACGGUCCGUGUGCCGUCCGGCUGACGGCCACGUGUGGGGGUGGGGAUGAGGUGCUGUCGCACACCGUCAGCUCACUGUCACGAGGCACGAUGUCGUCCGCACCGUCGUCGUCCCCACCACCGCCGUCGUCACCACCACCGUCGUCACCACCACCACCGUCGUCACCAGCACCAGCCCGCCCGAAGGCACCCACAGCCAGCGGAUCCCACAUAGCGCCUGCCGUGCCGCGGUCGUCCUGGUCGUUGACUGGGUCCAGCACCCGAUAGGAUGCAUGAACCUGCACAGUCCCACAGCGAUCCUCCACCCUCUCGGCUGUUCGAUCCGGCACCGACGCGGCAGCGGUGUAGCUGUCCAUGAGUCGGUCGUCCGGCGGACUGAAGGAGAUGCUCAACUCCUGGUUCAACCAGUCCGGCGCGGUCCCGUCGUCCUGGUCGUCCUCGUCGCAGUCGUUGCGGUCGUCGCCGCCUGCCCCUGAAGGCAUCGUGUCGCCGCCUGCCACUGAAGUGCUCGUGUCGCUCAGCUCGGACGCUUUGGCGGUGAACAGGUUACCCUUCCCGUCCCUCUGCACCGUCGGCUCCUUGUCACGAAGAUCCUUUGUGUCGGCGAGGGUGCCGAUGAUGAAGGUGCGCCCGAUCUGAAUCCGCAGGUCGACGUUGAACGUUGUGCUGCUGGUCGUGGGGCUGCCUUGGAUGAAGAUCUCUCGGCUCGGCGACAAGAAGGUCACACUCAGCAGACGCCGACGCUCGUUGGCGUUGCGGAACGAGUAGCCCUGGCCGUUCAGGUUGAAUAUCGCCAUGCUGUUGGGAUCAUACGGGUUGGUGUCGAGAAGAAAUCUGGACAGAAGGAGAGGUGCACGCGCAUGAGUGAGAGUGUCGGUGCACGUGUGCGUGUGUUGUGUGUUGUGUGUUGUGUGCUUACGUAAGUGUGUGUCCCGGCUGCCCUUUGUGGUCGACGAACGAGGCGUCGAUCUCCACCAUGUCGACAUCCCUGCACCUGAGCGUCUCAUCAACGUGCUCGAAUGAGAGCACGAGAGGGCACUUCUCUCCGGACUGCUUGCCCGCCACAUCAAACUCGACCAUGUUGCGCAGCGGAUGGAGCAGGAACUCGCACAGCUCUCCAUCCACGAUGGCGUAGCACCUGAACCACACACACACCACACAUACACCAACAUCCGCACAUCCAUCCCAUUUCGCCGGCUCGUCUUUCGUGUCUCACCUGACGGAUCCGAACGGUUUCUGUGGCAUUCCGCUGGCGGGCUUCGGCGCACCCACGUCGAGGCGAAUGGGCGUCGCCAGGUGCCUAUAGCGCUCUCCGUCACGCUGCAUCACGGUGCCCUUGAUGUUGCAUAUGACGGUCCCCUCCGCGCUCUCGCUGAAAUCCACCGUCCCGUGCACGCGAUCGACGUAUCCGUCGAGGGCGUGGGUGACUUCUUUUGGGCGGGAUGAUGACGGGCUUGACGCAGAGAAUGACGACGAUGCUGCUGCAGCAGCAGCAGCAGUAUAGCCGCUUCGACGCGGGCUUGGCGGCGGUGAUCUAUCCUUGGCUGCAGACACGCACCACAACACACACAACAGACGGACAGCACAGACGCAACAAUUAGGUGACGGUUGACGCGCACGUGCCUCCCGCCCCCGCCUCCUUCGUGUGUCUGCGCACCAGUUCUGGCACGAUCGUCGGCUCGUUUGUGAGAGGCCACGCGGCGCUCGCCUUUCUCCUGCAGCUCUCUCUUCUCGGCCUGGACACGCGCCAUCAUCUGCUGGUCCUCCAUCUGCUGGCACCAGUCCUGAAACUUGCGCAGUUUCUCCACCUCACUCCGAUUAGGGGCCAUGCCGCCCUGAUCGUCCCCCUCUUGCUGCUGCUGCUGCUGCUGCUGAAGGCCUGAGGAGUCACACACACACACACACACACACACAGAGAGAGAGAGAGAGAGAGCUGGUUUCGCCUUUUCUCUCUGGCCACGUGUGUGAGUGUGUGCUGUGAUUUUGUGUGCUAACCCACCUGUGGCCCGUGUAUUGGUGUUGUUGUUGUUGUUCGGUGUGAUGCCUCUGCCCCUGCCGCGGCCAAUACCCACCCCUCCCCCUCCCCCGCCGCCACCAGCGGUGUUGCGCUGCAAAAAUGGAAGGGGGGAAAUGCCACCAGCAGCAGCGGCAGCAGCGGGCCGCUGCACGCCACCGCCACCCUGUGGCUGCUUUGGCUUGGCUGUGGGCUGUGUCGGGGGGGACGGCGAUCCCCCGUUGUUGUUGCCACGCCGGCCGUAGUUGUAGUCAUGUUGGUGGUCAGCAGGGCCAGGGCCAGUGCGGCCUGGGAUGCGGUUGAUGUUGCGUGGGGUGGGACUGCCCGGCGGGGACAGAAUGUCGAUCUCCCGACUGAAGAGGAUCGACGGACCACCUGUGCAGACACGCACCACAACACACACAACAGACGCAAUAAUUAGGUGACGGAUGACGCGCACGUGCCUCCCGCCCCCGCCUCCUUCGUGUGUCUGCGCACCAUGUCUGGCGAAGUGGUCGUCUCGUUUGUGAGAGGCCAUACGGGGCGCGAGCAGCAUCUUGCGCUGUGCCUCCAACUCACGCUGAUGCUUGACCUCCAUGCCCACGCCACCCUGAACCUCCCCCUGUUGCUGCUGCUGAAGGCCUGAGCAAUCACACGACACCACACCACACCACACCACACCACACGACACACAUACACACGGACGCCGAAUGGAUGCUCGCAGGUGGUUCUGUGGUGUGCCGGGCAGUCUCUGGGCGUUCCUGUUGGCGAGAAUACCUCGAUCGAGACGGCGGAACGGGCCUGCAUGAACACACACACCGUCACGGCUGUUGCAGACAUACGUGAGGUCAAGUGGCGUACCAGCAGUGUUGAUGUUUUGCUGCUGCGCCUCCGUCUGCGCCUGCGUCUGCGCCUGCGUCUGCGUCUGCGUCUGUGUCUGUGUGUCUUGGCGUGUGUUGAUGCUGUUGUUGGUGGUGCUAGGUAGUCGCUCGCCCCCUACAUAGCACCCACACAUCACCCCCACACACAAAACAUCCACCAGCCAUCAUCUAUCUCCAUCAACGGCUGACCACUGCCCGAAGAUGGCGACGCCGCCGAUGAGAAUGAGGGCUGCUGCUGCGCCUCGGAUAAGUCGCCAUCGCCACUACCAACAGGGGAGGGGCCUGCAACCACCCGCGCCACACCCACACACGCACACAAGACACCAUGUUUGGAGGCAGGACACGAUCGACGUGUGGUGCGGUUUGUGGAGGCGUGUUUCGGGUGGGUAUGGGUGUGCAGUGGUGUGUGGUGUCGGUGUUGGAGGGUGUGGGAUGACAUGUGAGGCUGGGAUGGACGGGGGAGGUGUGUUGGUGCGCAUGUGGCGCAUGUGGGCUGUGCGUGGCCGUACCUUUGUGUGUGUGUCUCCGGCCCGACAUGGCGCAAGGGAGGGGCGAAAGCCCUUACGCUCCCCGGGGAAUCACGACGCGCAACCAAUCUGACCAAACACAGCAGGAAAGACACACACAUGCGCCAAACGCAUGCACUUCCCAUGCAUUUCCCCUUGGCGCAUCUCCCCCCUCCUCGCCCUUCCUCGUUCGCCUCCGACGACUGUCUCAGCCUGCCUGGCUCGCCAUCUCCAUGAAUCAACACGCCUGUCUGCCUGCACGUUCCACCCACCUGCUUGAUCUCGUUCGCUCAGCCUCGGCAGGUUCAACACACACACUCGCUACAGGCUAGAAAAUGUCUAAACACCCACAACAAGUGAAGCCAAGAGAGAUCUUGACACGCC